AUGCAAAAGUUUCCGAUCCCGGAGCGCAGUUCGGAUACUUACGACCGCAGCAAGAAGCACACGUUGUUUGCUGGUACUCGCGUCCUGUCUUCGGGUCGCAAGGAGGAGAUCCUGGCUAUUGUACAGACUACGGAUGCGCACACAACCAAGGGUCAGUUGAUCCAGUCGAUCUUGUUUCCAAUCUCAUUGCGCUUCAAGUACAACGAGCAUCUCAAGGCAAUGGCAAGCGAAGUAACCGAUACGCUGCAUUCUGCUACGCCAUCUUCGUACUGUCCUGUGUCAUCAGCCCGCUUCUUCCUGUUGUUAUUACGGUUGGGCAAGUAA